GGCCUCCCCGCCGCCAACUCGCACUACGGGUACCAUCUCGUCGCGUGGCACUUGCUCUUCGCCCUCACCGGCCAGGUGUACUCUGCCCGCUCGCGCUCGCUCACGUUCGCGCCCGCGCUGAGGGGCCGGUUCGAGCUGCCCGUGCUGGUUCCUGCUGUGGCGGCGACCCUCUCGCGCGGCAGCGACGGUGAGUGCACGCUCGCGGUGGCGGCGGCAGGCUCGGCGAGCCUCGUGCUGCACACGCUCUCCGUCGACGGCGUAGCGCCACCGGCGGGUGUCUUGCCGGUCAAGCUGGCUCCUGGGCAGAGGGUGUCGUGGGGCGGCGGCGCUGGUGCGCGCACGAAAGUCACUCUUUCGUCUUUGAAACCUGUCGAUUAA